AUGGUAGCGGACACGGCCAACAGUUAUCAUCAUCAACAGAAAACUCAGCAGCAGCAGCCGCAGCCGCAGCAACUAAACCAACAUCAACAUCAGCAGCAGCAACAGCACCACCAUCAGCAACAGCAACAAAAACUCCACCAGCAACAGCAGCAGCAACUUCACCAAAUCCACCUGCAACGCCAACAACAACAACAGGAGCAAAAUAGUGGCGGAGCCAUGCCACAAUAUUGCAGCGACAUGGAACAGUCGGGUGGUCCCGGGAGCAUGAGGUACGACGAUUCGGUAUCACCCGGACCAGAAUCGCCAGGACCUGGUGAACCGUACCCACCCGGGUUCGAUCUCACAGCGCACCUGCAGCACAAGGAGUUCUUUGCGCAGCGCAAGCAGCGUGAGUUUAUACCUGAUAAUAAAAAAGAUGAGAGCUACUGGGACCGGAGGAGGCGGAAUAAUGAGGCGGCUAAAAGGUCCCGCGAAAAGAGACGUUUCAACGACAUGAUUCUCGAACAGCGGGUGGUUGAACUCAGCAAGGAGAACCACGUGCUCAAGGCCCAACUCUCAGCCAUUAAAGACAAGUUCGGCAUCAGUGGCGAGGCUGUGGUCAGCGUUGAACAGGUUAUGGCUUCUCUGCCUACAAACGAACAAGUGUUGAGCAUCACGAAACGCCCGAAACUGUCCACGUCGUCUUCGUCCUCGUCGGUGGGUUACUCUCAGAACGGGUCCGGUCCCAUACCCACAUCGGUCAUCCACCAGCCCGUGCAGUCGACCACUCCCAAAAUGAACGGCUCGUACUAUGGCGGAGCACAGUCCGACUGCGACAGCCCUGUCGACCAACUCCAGCAACAACAGCAGCAACAACAACAGCACCAGCACCAGCAGCAGCAGGGUGACAGAAACCUGCCGAUGUCCGUGGCCGCCGCAGCCGUGGCCGCCGCGGCCCAGGCCGGGUACCCACCGUACCCGUUCGCGCCCGUCCUGCCACCACUGCAGCCACCGUCCUUCGAGGCGGCCGCCAACAGCGUGCUGAACCUCAGCCGCCGGCCACCGUCUCCGUACGAGCUGAGCAGCGGAAGUGGUGACGACACGUCGUCGUCUUGCGUGCCCAUAUCGCUGGCAUUCGUGGCCGCGGCUGCUGCCGCAGCUGCCGGUGGAGUCGUCGGACCGGGCGGCGCGUUGGUCGGAAACAACAACAACCAGAAUAACAACAAUCACCACCAUCAGCACCGACACCGGCACCACUUUAACGGCAACGGCAUGAUGGCCAUGAUGACCGGAGGUGGCGGCGGAGGUAUACCGAUCGCGGUCCUCAACAACAACAACAACAACGUCUCCAUGGUCCACGGAAACGACAAUAACGCUGCAGGCAUAAUCGGCGGCGUCAACGGCAACAGCAUCGCUGCGAUCGUCAACAGCGGCGGUGGAGGCAACGGCGGCGGUAACUGUCUGCCACACAAACUCCGUCACAAGACGCACUUGGGAGACAAGGACGUGGCGGCCACAGCGUUGCUGUCGCUGCAGGCCAUCAAGCAGGAACCCGGAAGCAGCCGGGCCAGUCCACCGUGGGAUGCCGAGGGAAGCAGCGACGAGCGCGACUCUGGCAUUAGCCUGGGCGUCGAAUGGGGUGUCCGGCCUUCGUCCGCUUCGGUAGCCGCUUGCCCGACGGCCGCCUCGGUGGCCGCUCCCCGAGCCGCUGCCAUGCAGUCACCGGCCGCCGCCACGAUGGGUGGCGAGCCGGCCGACGGUGCCGUGCACGCGACCGCCCCGACGGCCGCGGCCGCUGCUGACGACACCAGGCUCAAGUCCGAGGUGGCCCGGCUAGCGUCCGAGGUGGCCACCCUCAAGAACAUGCUGUCGUCCAGGAAGUCGGCCACCGCGGCGCCGGCCCAGUCCACUACCGUUGCGGUCAACUAA